AUGAGUAGCAAAUCCAAGAAAAACAGCAAGCAAAUUAAUUAGGAAGUUUAAAAAAUGUUUUAAGCUGGAUGUGAGCUUCUUAAGGCUGGUCAACCAGUAUAGGCAAUCCAUAUUUUUAAUUAAGUUAUUCUUCAUGAACCUUAAUACUAAGCUGUGUAUAAUAAUUUAGGGCUCGCCUGCUUACAUCUUAAACAAUACAAAGAAGCUAUAUAGCAUUUAGAAGAAGCCGUAAAGCUAAAUAAGUUAGAUUAUGGCGCAUAGAACAACCUAGGAUUAGCUUAUGCAAGUAGUGGAGAUCUCUAAAAAGCUUUAAAUAUUUUUGAGGAUCUUGUAAAAAAGGAUCCAAAUAAUUUAGAAGUAUUCUUUAAUAAAGCAGUAGCAUUGAUUGAAAAUAAGAAGUUUGAUGAAGCAAUUUUAAUUUUAAUGGAUUUAAUUAACUAAAAAUAUGAAAAAGCAUAUUUUAAGCUAGUAGACUGUUUCGUCUCACUGAAUAAAAGAGAAGAAGCCAUGAAGUAUUUGCAAUAAUAUUACCAAAUAAAUAGUGGAGACUCUUAAAAGACAUAUCUUUUGGGAGAAAAGGCAAUAGAUAUCUAAGAAGUUGACUAUGCAGUAGAGUGUUUUGAAAAAGCAGUUUAACUUGAUCCUAAACAUCAAAAUGCUUGUCUCUUUUUGGGUAUGACAUAUUAUAAUAAAAAGAUGUAUGAAAAAUCAAUACAUUACUACUUGAAGACUUCUGAAAUAAAUCCCAAGAAUUUCACUUGCUUAAAUGGAUUGGGUAUUGUUUAUUUAGAAUAGAAGGAGUAUGAAAAAGCUUUGUAGUAUUUUGAAUAGUCUUGUAAACUUGAACCCAGAUUUGUCCCUGCUUUGUUCCACAAAGGAUACACAUAUCUUAAAAUGGGUAAGGAUGAUGAAGCUCUUAAAAUAUUUAACUAAGUUAUUCUUAUGGAUAAAAACUAUCCAGAUGUUUUCUUUUUAAAAGCCCAAAUAUGCUAAAAAUAGAAUAAAUUGAAUUUAGCUUUAGAUAACUAUAAUUUUGAUUUAAAGUUUAAUAACGAUUCUGCACAAUCAAAGCUUGGAAUAGCAAGAAUUUACAUUAUUCAAAACACAGAAGCAAGUCUCAAGCAAGCUGGAGAACUCAUAGAAAGUGUAUUACAAAAGAAUAAAAAUAAUGGACUAGCAUUAGCAACAAAAGCCCUUUUAGUUGUAAAAUAAGACAGUAAUAAUAAGGAAUAAUCUAAAGAACUUCUAAACUAAGCCAUUGAAUUGAAAGAUAAAGAUACUGAAGAAUAUAUUGAAAUAAUUGCAAAAGAGUUAGAAUAAUUACUAAUUUGA